AUGUUACUUUACUUGUUUGUGGCUUGCAUGUGCAUGUUCAGUAUCGCUUACGAGUAUAUUGUCGAUUACGAAAAACUUGAAUUGGUUUAUUAUGACAAGGGUUUAGUAAGAGAUGGUUAUUUUUUGUUUAGAAAAUACAACAGGACGAAUCAUUAUCUGAAUAUAUCUUUUGUGUUAUUGAAGGACUUGGAUGGCAAUAAACUCGAAUUUACUACAAGCGCUUAUCAGUUUUUGAGUAACCAAUACAAGAAAACCGGAAUCGAAGUCACUUAUAAUGUUUGCGAAUAUUGGAGAAAAGAUAUUUUUGGGACUGCAAGUUUCAUCAAGAAAUUUGGAAAUCUGGAAGGGUGUGACAUUAAGAAAGGUUUUUAUUACUUAAAUAAUUUUAUGCCAGAUGAAAGUCAGUUUCCGAAAUUUGUCCCUCUUGGACGCUACAUGAUUCAGAUGAAUGUGGUCCGAAAAUCAAGAGCUCCGCUUUUAAAAUUUCAAUGGUUUGUGACAGCUCGAUUUAAACUGAAUAAUCGAGUUUAUGGCGUUUAA